UACUGUUUUUACUGGGCAGUAACCACAUUUAUUGUCAAGCACAUCCUAUGUCUAUGGGUUUAAACUACAGUAAAUGUCAGAGUGCGGUUCAUGUUAGGUUGGGAUUGUGACAUUAUGGUACAUAUGAUCAUAUGAUACGCAAUGGAGUAUCUGUCAAGCAGUAUAUUCCUCAUAUUAACCUGGAGCUUGGCGAAUUGUUUUUCACCGAUUACUGCACAUUACUGCGUAUGGGGCUUGUGUGAAUCGUCAGAGUAUUGUUGCGACGAAAAUGUAUGCUGCAGCUACAGAGACUACGAUAUAUGGAUCACUGUGGUCAUCAUAGCUGGAGUUGUAAUUGGGAUGAUACUGGCCGGCACAUGUCUUUACUAUAAUCUCUGCCGUAUCUACCUUUAUCUAAAACAGAGAUAUUAUGGCAUCAGUUCCGUGUCGAUGCCAUCAGAAUUUGAAUCCGAUGAAAAAUCAAUAAGAAUAUCAUUUCAAGAGUAAGACAAGUGACUCCUUGUCGUAUUAAUCAUGUAAUAUUCCAAUUUUUUUAAUAUAAGCAGUAACUUAGGUAAAAUUAUGUCUAUAAUUUAUUAGUCCGUUAUAAAAAAAUUAUACCAAAUACAUAUCGAGUAAAUUACAUCCUUGUAUCUCUACCAGGCGAUCAAGU